AUGUUGGAGACAAAAGACUCUGCGAUCAAACUCUUCGGAAAAACAAUUCCGGUUAAGGAGAUUCUUGUCGGUCUUUCACCUUUGUCUUCUGCUCAUGUUGUUGUUCAUCACAGUAUUCAUGAUUCUUCUACAAACUCAUCUAGAGACUCUCAUAAUACUAUUGAUGCAAAAGAGCAAGAGAUUCCGCAGGAUACAUUGGGAGAAAAAUCGACUGAUGAAAAGAAUGGAGAUGGAGCCCCUACGCAAUCGACUGAAGAAUUCACCAAUCCAGAUGCAGCCUCUAGGACUGGCGAAGAAUCCGUUACUGCAUCCACUGAAAAAGAGGUUGCUACAUUGAAAACUUCGAAGACCGAAGAAGAACAGGACGAAACGAGUAACUCACAGGAAAAGAGCCUCAAAAAACCCGACAAAAUAAUCCCGUGUCCGCGCUGUAGUAGCAUGGACACAAAGUUCUGCUACUAUAACAAUUACAAUGUCAACCAACCUCGCCACUUUUGCAAGAAUUGUCAGAGAUAUUGGACUGCCGGUGGAACCAUGAGAAACGUACCCGUAGGUGCUGGUCGCAGAAGGAACAAGAGCUGUUCUUCUCACUACCGACAGAUAACUGUCUCCGAAGCAACACUCCAAAACUCUCGGGUACACCCUUCCUUGAAAUGCAACGGCACUGUCCUUACAUUUGGAUCCGAUUCACCUUUAUCUGAAUCGAUGGCAUCUGUUUUGAAACUUGCUCAUAAACCUGAAGAACUAAGAAUUCGUGUUCCGUAUGCAAGUGGAGAAAAAGGAGACGAUCAAUCCAAUAAAUCAUCGGUUACAUCCGUAAAGUCGACUGAAGGUGCAAGCACGAACAUAUCCCAAGAACAGGCUAUGCAGUAUGGACAAAGCUUCUCACCACAAGGUCACUACUUUCCUCCUGGAACUCCUUGUCCUUUCCCAUGGAAUCCAAUGCAAUGGAGGUCACCGGUUCCACCACAUGCGUUUUAUCCACCGGGAUUUUCUUUGCCGUUCUAUCCCCCAACCCCAACUGCAACAACUUACUGGGGAUGGAACGUCCCGCGGCAAGCACAACCGUCAUCACCGAAUGGUGCCGGCCCUAACUCUAGUGCAAACUCUCUAACCUUAGGCAAACAUUCAAGGGAUGAUAGCCUUCUAAAAUCAAGCGAAGGAAAUGAAAGGAAAGAAAGUAGCGACGAAAAGUGUCUGUGGUUUCCAAAAUCUUUGAGGAUCGAUGACUCGGGAGAAGCAGAAAAAACCUCUUUCUGGACUACACUCGGGAUUAAAAACAACAACUCCAGUCCAGUUCCGUCCGGAAGACUCUUUCACACAUUCCCUUCAAAGCGUGACGAGAAGAAUGACUCAGACCAAUCAUCUUCAGUCUUGCAAGCCAAUCCGGCGGCAUUGUCUAGGUCGCAUAACUUUCACGAGACUUCGUAA